GUUUCGUUUCAGGCCGGAAGUGUUAAUAAGGAGUGCGACGGUGCGUAUCUCGUGUCCUUCCCUACUUCUGUGACCGCGUCGCAAGGUUCCUGGGGCCAGUAUCACGCGAGGGGAUCUGGGGAGUUCCACCUGGGUGAGUGAUAGGAGAGGAACUAGCAAAGCACCCUUAAGAAGAAUUAAAGGAAACAGCAGAAAUGUUGCGCAGGCCGUUACUGCAGGUAAUGCUUCAAUUUGUGAGACACGAGUCUGAGUCAACGAUGCCCUUAGUCCUUGAAAGAUCAUUGAAUCGUAUCCAGUUACUUGGCCGUGUGGGACAGGAUCCUGUCAUGAGGCAAGUGGAAGGCAAAAACCCUGUCACAAUUUUCAGCCUUGCAACCAAUGAAAUGUGGCGAUCGGGAGAAAGUGAGGCAUUCCAAGGAGACCGAGGUGAUAUUACACAGAAGACAACAUGGCACAGGGUCUCUGUGUUCAGGCCGGGGCUGAGAGACGUGGCUUAUCAGUAUGUGAAGAAGGGGGCUCGGGUCUACGUGGAAGGGAAGAUUGACUAUGGUGAAUAUAUGGAUAAGAACAAUGUAAGGAGGCAAGCCACAAGCAUAAUCGCAGAUAACAUUAUUUUCCUGAGCGACGUUUAUCGAGAAAAGUUGUGAACAGGCUGCUUUUCGACUAGGUCUUGAGUUAUUCCUCUUUAUUAUAUUUCUUUGUAGCAUUUCCUAAUUCGGCAAUCAUGUGUCUCCUAUGGUUUUCUUUUCCCUGAUUAAAAACAACCUUUUGUACAAACAA